AACCUUAAACAGAGUGAAACUUAACAUUCCCAUUGCAUCAAAAAACACAACUACAUUUUUCAAUGCUGCAUUAACAGUGGCAAUGCAACAAACUGGCUGCCUGCCACUCGCCUAGUGCUACCGAAAUAAUAAAUUUAAUUUGUGUCAUACACAAUAUGGGGAGGUGUCUCAAAAAUGAGGUCAUAUUGUCAAUAAUACGUAAUUUAGAUUAAACUGCGAUCAGGGCACUGUGCUUACUCCAAAGAUCCCUGCGUCCUUUCGAAAUGGGUAUAAAUAGUUCAUCUGUGAGCAAGUGUCCAAGACUCAACAUCUGCAUCAAGAGCACUUGAGCAACAAGACGACUUGAACGGAACUGCUUUGAGAGAAUACGACUAUUGUUCAAUUAUCUCCUUUCUCGGACUACAAUGGAAUUUAGCAAGUUAACCAGAUGCUUCUUGGCUCUUUUAUCCAUCCUGUCUUCAGCCGCAGCCACCUGCCCUCUGGAGUGUUUGUGCUCCCACAAUGCAAGGCACAUAGAUUGCUCAGGCAGAAACUUAACAGCGCUUCCCAACAACAUCCAGACCAACAUAAUCUCCCUAAAUCUAUCCCAUAAUGACAUUGAGGACCUUGAUGACAGGCUGACCGAGUUCAUCAAUUUGAGAUUCCUUGACAUCUCUAACAACAACCUCAGUAAUAUGCCGGCGCUGCUGCCAUUGGCACUGUGGGAACUUGAUGCAUCAAAUAAUUACAUCAAAGCACUACAGAAGGAUGACACCGUCUCCCAGUGGAACCUUAUAAAACUGGACGUGUCCAACAACUUGAUUGAAAGGGCUUUUUUAAUUAACAACACGCUGAUUAACCUGAAGUCCCUCAAUUUCAGUGGAAACAAAAUUUGGACAGUCCCGACCAACAUGCCCUACAACUUGAGUACUUUAGAUUUGUCACACAACAACUUGCACAAUAUCCUCCCAGAUACUUUUCACCACAAAAGACUCUUGAAAUUGUAUUUGAACAACAACAGCUUACAAUUUAUUCCAAGUAGUACUGUUGAUCAGCUCACUGGUUUGGAGUUGAUUAGUCUGUAUGGAAAUAACUGGGUAUGCAACGACGGACAGAAUGUGCAUCUGUUGAGAUGGUUGCAAACCGUGCCGACAGUGCUUGGGUGUCCGUGCACUGCAGGAAACAAAAGUGGUCAAAGUGGAUGCAGCUCAGGUAUAAAUAAAGCAGCAAUCGUCAGCUCAACCUUUACAAGUUAUCAGUCCUUAAUUGGAACAACGACAAGUACCAGACACAAAGAGUCCAACGUGAGCACGCCGUACGCCUUAGCAAGCCAGAAUACUAAUAUUUCACCGCUUUCAGAUUCAGUUUCUUACUCUCGGUUGUAUUCAACAGCGUCAAGCUUCACUGGCGGUACUGCAUCACCUAUACCUACUCAGAAUAUCACCUUGCAAACAGCGAGCACCGAAAGUCCAAGUGAAUUGGUUAGUACUAUUGGCGAUAUAACAGAAAGACCUCCGUCAACUACCGUGCCCAUCACUGCGCCUGAAUUCACGUCCAACAGCACAGUUUUACCCAGGUCCACUGCAACUGCCAGCAUGUCAAGUGCAGCCAUGGACAACCAGACAAGCAGAUUAACAUCGGCGUCAACCUUUGACUCAACAUCCAUUGCAAGUCGCACGUCACCCACUUCUGCUGGAAUCUCAAUGGUCUCCAACCCAAGUGUUACCAAUGCAACCACUUCUCACGGUGCAGAAGGAAAUACUUCAAGUCCAUUUCAGGUUGUUACUUCCAGUCUGACCACAGGGCCAAUGGUUAAUGGAAUCACUGGAACAAAAAGCACUGUACACCAAAUUGUGACAACACCAAAACCAACUUCAAAAGCACACCAAGGUACGGGGAUAACCUGCUUCAUGGUUCUGUCCAUCAUGCUACUGCUGGUUGUUUAGUAAUUUAAACAAGGUAAACAACCAUGGCUGACAAUGCCAAUGAAAUCUUCGUUUAACAGGACAGAUAAUUUAAAAAUACUUUGUUACGGUAAUGAAACACUAAUGCCUCAAAUGAUGGCUCUCAUGGGUCAUAACGAACAAGUCUGAUCUCGGGUCAGUUUUGCUUUAACCCAGCUCAGGUUGAUCCUUUUGUCUUAUGACCCGAAGAGAAAAGAAUAAAACAAUGUUCACCCUGGGUUCCUUUAUCUCAAAGGCAGUUGCUCUCAGGCGUGCAAAGGUGAUUGCUCAACUUGGGCAGGAUCAGAUUCCGAUGUGAGCCCUCAACCCUAACCCUAAGAGCCUAGCACCUCUAAUGCGUUUAAAGUGUUUGAGGUAGAGGCUCACACAUGAAGAACAAGGUCCUGGAGUUGGUCAGCCCAACACUUCAGCUCGAUCACAAGAGAAAAGGGAACAGCCUAAAGAUACAGCUUCACUACAAAACAACGCACUAACUAUUUGCAGGAAGUACCCUGAUCAUCAAGUGAAUGAGGAACUAACGGAAUACUUUGUGCUUUGAAUAAUGUGUUAUAUUUCCCAGCACAAGUUCAUUAAUUCAGAAUUCCAACUUAACUCUUGGAAAUGGUUAAAUAAUCUUACUACUAAAACAGUUCAUAUCAACCGGAAAUGUUUAAUGGAUUCAGUUUCUAUUAUGCAUUUUUUUUAAACAGUUUUCUCCUUAUGUAGGUGGAUGCAUGCAACUGCUAAAUUAUUUUGUAAAUGCAAAUUAAUUGCAAUGUAAUUCACUUAAAAGCCAAAUAAAAUGUUUAAUCUUGC